UGUGAGUGGAGAAAGAAUCGAGAUCAUUUUCAUUCUACAUAACAAUUUGAACAUGAUGAGAUCUCCAAAGUUUGUUUUCUGUCUGAUAUGUUUGUUCGUGGGGAAAAUGGCUCAUAUGACAGAUCAGAAAGUCUCCUCAUCUAUUCAUCAAAAGAGACGUUUAGUAUCAGCUAAUGUUGGAGAAAAUUUUACUCUGCAAUGUUUCUAUGAAAGUGAUGAUUCAGCAUGGCUUUACUGGUAUAAGCAAAGUCUGGGACAGAAACCAAGGCUCAUGUCUACCUUCUAUGUGUAUGAAACAAAAGCCACUUUUUAUCAUGAAUUCAACAAUCCACGCUUCACACUGGAUACUAAAAACAGUACAAAUCACUUGACAAUAUUUGAUUUGGACAUUUCAGACUCAGCUACUUACUACUGCGGAGCUAGCUAUGCAUAUACAUUUGUCUUGACUUUUGCGGAAGGCACUACUGUUAAUAUAAAGAGUUCAGGUUUGAAAGUCCCAGCUUUGGUCCAUCAGUCAGCAUCUGAGCCCAUCCAGCCAGGAGGCUCUGUGACUCUGAACUGUACAGUACACACUGGGACCUGUGAUGGAGAACACAGUGUUUACUGGUUCAAAAACUCUGAAGAAUCUCAUCCAGGACUCAUUUACACCCAUGGAGGCAGGAACGAUCAGUGUGAGAGGAAUUCCAGCACACAAACACACACCUGUGUCUACAAUUUGCCAUUGAAGAGCCUGAAUCCUUCUCAUGCUGGGACCUACUACUGUGCUGUUGCCUCAUGUGGACACAUACUGUUUGGAAACGGGACCAAACUGGACUUUGAAGAUCAGGUGGAUUCUCUUGUCUUGGUGUAUUUCUUGAGUGGAGCUUUGAUAUUCACUACCAUCCUGAUUGUUCUACUGGUUAUCUUAGUGUACAAGAUAAUUAAGAAAAACAACUGCCAAUGUACAGAGUCUCAAGCAAGAUUGUCGACUCCUGCCACAACAACUGCGGAGGGUUACCAAGAUGCAGACAGCCUCCAUUAUGCUGCUUUAAAUGUUAACCUGCCCAACAGAUCAAGAAGACAGAGGAAUAACACCAACAGUGAGUGUGUGUACUCCAGUGUGAAGCAGAUGAACUGAACAUGUUACAUUUCUGUUUUCAAUAAAAUUGAUUUUGUGGCAUUUCAAGUGUAGACCUAAUGCAGAUUUAUAUGUAUAUUCUGUGUGUAAGAAAAAGCCCAGUACUCCCAGGAAAAAUGCUUUUAUUGAAUGAUUUUGCUCCUCCAAUGUACUCCCAGUGCCCACAUUCAGUCCCAGUGCAAGAAGAAGUGUGCCCUUUAUGUAGUGAGGCUGAAAGUACAGAGCGGGAGUAGGCGUGGUGCAUCAGACUUUUGUUUAAGUCAACAGGAAGGAUUUUAUUUAAGGAGCUUCAAUACUGAAUCCGAGAGUACAUAUGUCCAUGUUGAUGACCAGACAGCUGAGUCAGUACCUACACUAAAAUUAGUGAAGCAAACCAAACAUAAAGUCCACUAUGCUAUUGAGUUCUGUCUACCAAAUGUUGCACGUGGUUUACAGCUGCCUGAAGUGUUCAUAGGCCUAGUCUGACCCUUACCACAUUCAUUUAAGCCUUUACCAGUAUAGAAGUGGGGUACUUUGACUCUGUAAUCGAGAAUACCAACAUUUUGCUGCAGGUCUACUUGCUCAAACCAGAAUUCUCCAUCCACUGCUUGCUUGCGUUUUUGUAUACACACUGAGAAUCGAUCAGUUCUUAGUCAAGUGUGCUGUGUAUUGAGCAUGUUGCAAAGCAGGGUGAAGGGAUCGGGCUUGGCUACCCCACCAUUACAACUGUGUUUCCUUCAAUAAUGUUAAAUGCUCAGGGUAUAUACAGUGAUACACUGAGAAACAUAAACAUAGAAAAGUCUCCUGGUGAGGACAAAUCUAACAUGCAGUACCUAGGCUUGACUUGUGCAUACUUUGGUUCAACUUUUACCUCUGGUAAACUCCUGUAAUAUGGAAAACAGCUCAGUUACACAACAGUAGUGAUUCUUUUGACCUCAACAACUAUCGACCUACAUCCACACUCUUCUCUCUCUUAGAAGAAUCACUGGUUAGCUCACAAUACCUGCCCAUACUGUCCUUAAUCCAAAGAGGUCAGGAGACCUGGCCAUUAUUAAAAUAAUUGUUGUUGUGGAUGACAUUCUUAAAUUGCUUGAUAAAAGGCAAGAUUUUGCAGCAGUCAGUGUAGAUCUGUCUGAGGCUUUUAAUGUUGAUCAUAUUUUAUUAAAUAAGCUGCUUUAUAUUGGUGUUGAUGAUUCAGCUUCCAGGUGGUUAAAAUCAAAAAAUCAAAUGUGUGCAUUUCACAAAAGUAUAGAGUUUGAUGUUAAUCUAAUAAAUAAUGAUUCAUUACCCUUAAACCACAGGAUGUCAUUUAUCAGUGUCAUACAGUCACUGCAGGGUGUCUCUGUAUGCCAAAAGGUUUUGAUUAUGAGCUUUAUGUCUUGAGAUCUACAAAGAAAAUGUGUGUUAACCAUCAAAAUAUAUACAAAAAUGAGGUUCUAGUAGUAGUAGUAGUAGUGCUUCUAUUCAGAUUAGAAUGAAGUCUGUCUAACUUAGUCGUAGCCUACCUUUACUUUUGAGACUUUAGGAACAUUUUCAAUGCAUAACUUUUACUUGUAAGGGAGUAUUACUACUUUAAGAAUCUGAAUACUUCCUCCAUCACUGAUCAACACACACUCUUGCAUGGUGCAGCAGCCGCUGGUGUAACAUCGUUAUCUAACUUUAUGUUAGACGGGUACGUAUUUUGGAGACUGUCCUAAAAAACAACAAGGGCAUCAGUUGUUUGAGCGAGUGCCCCAAAAUGACAUAUUUUACUUUUAUUCAUUUUAGCUGACGCUUUUAUCCAAAGCGACUUACAAUUGCUGUAUAUGUCAGAGGUCGCACACCUCUGGAGCAACUAGGGGUUAAGUGUCUUGCUCAGGGACACAAUGGUGGAUGGGUCACAGUGGGGGAUUGAACCCGGGUCUCUCAGGAUCCCACCCACCCACUUAACCAAUCCUUUCAGUUAAUGCCAUCAGGUCGAUGCUACAGAGUCCCACUUGCAAGGAAAAACAUAUAUAAAAAAUCCUUCAUUCCCACGGCCAUUACUACAUUGAACAAUCACAUAUGGAACAUUUUUGUAUUCUGCACAUCUGUACAAAUAAUGUGGCUAAAUUGUCUUCAGUGUAUCUAUGUUUUAUAUGUGUUUUUAUGUCUUUUGAGCCUGUCUUGUCAA